AUGAAUUUAGAAUUGCAAGUGGAAAAUAAUCUCUUGGUGGUGGUGUUCCACAGUGACUACUCUGUAACAGGACGAGGGUUUAACCUCGUGUACAGUGUAGUUCAAGCUGAUCAGCCAGGUGCCACAGGAGAUCAAAACUUAGUGCCGUUCACAAGUCCUUCUGUCAGUACCUCUAUAACAACUCGCUUCAUAAUACCGCAGAUUGAGACCAUCGACGUCUUCUACCCACAGACGGGAAGCAGUGGGAUCAUAAAAAGUCCCGGCUUCCCUUCCAGCUACACCAACAAACUUGACACGACCUCUGUCGUGUCGCUGGACCCCACCCGCCCUCAGCUUGUGACCUUCACCUUCGACACCUUUGACCUGGAGCUGUGCGAUGACUGUCAGUGUGACUGGCUGGAAAUCGACGUGGAUCCCGCGCAACGCUUCUGCGGCGACGUCCUCGACAAAAAGAGCUUGACUGUCCUUGUUCAGAAAGGUUCUCUGGAGGUGAAGUUCCAUAGCGACUACAGCAUCACAGGACGUGGCUUCUUAGCGACGUACUCAGCGGUCAGUGCCUGA